AGUUGUGAACGUUUUUUGUAUACGUUUUGUGACAUAUUAUCGAUUGGCUGCUGUUAUAACAGUGUGUGAGAGCACAUCCCUGUCUAGUGUUGGCCACCAUUGAAUAUCAUUGAACAGCACAUCUCCUCCACAUCUGUUACUCAAUUUUUACUCGCUUUUUAUGGACUAAACUCAGUAGUGAUGAGAGAGAAUCUCUCUUCUUGUUUGUAAUCAUUUCCAAGUGUUUUUAUUUUUAUUAUUUUUCUCCCAAAUUCUGGUAAUUCUGGUUAUACUCUAAUAUUUGCGUCAAGAAUACAGACAAAAGUGUGAAAAAAAGAGUUAAACAACAAAAUAAUGUAUAACUCAAGGCAUCCGGGUCCGCCACAGGCCGGACAGGGAUUCAAAUUCACGGUAACGGAAACGUGUGAACGGAUUAAAGAGGAAUUUAACUUUCUUCAGGCCCAGUAUCACAGUUUGAAACUAGAAUUGGAAAAACUCGCGACAGAGAAGACAGAAAUGCAAAGACAUUACGUUAUGUAUUACGAAAUGUCUUACGGAUUGAAUGUAGAAAUGCAUAAACAG